AUGGAGACAACACCCGGCGUGGUUGCUCUGCGGCAACUCCCGAGCUCAGACGGUCUCCACGAUGAAGAAGCACCCGAAUACACUAGACACGAUUCCUCAUCUGAUUCUUCUCCGCUGCACGACGAAGAGCUUCCAUCAUAUAGCCAGGCGCAGUCAGCGGAACAAAUUCCAAGCCGAGAGCACAGUAUAUUCUCUCGUCGAUUGCCCUGGGUAUCUCUAUUGUCAAUUAUUUACAUUGGCCUCGUCAUCUAUACCUGGGCCAUGACGGUCAUGCUAUCAGCCCAUCCCCUCAAAGCCAAGUCCUGGGUGUACACGAUUGACAGCUUACACCUCCAUUACUAUGGUGAAAAUGGCGCAGAUUUCCAUCGAGAGCGAAAGAUCUAUCGUUCUGUGCGGACCAUUCAGACAUUUAUCCAAGUUGUUACUCUUCCCUGGAUUUCCACAGUGUGUGCUAGUGCCGCUGUAAGCUUUGCGCAGAAUAGAAAGAAAUCUAUGGGCCUCCGGCCAAGCCAAGCCACAACGUUGGCUGACCGCGAGUGGAUGGACUUUUCUUUCUAUCGAGCAGUGGUUUAUGGGAGAUGGAGGCAAUACGGCCUCAAACUACUAGCUGCCGCAAUCUUCAUAUGGGUGUUUGGUCUCAUCACAUAUCCCAUCCAGUCGCUCUUUCUCAGUUCACAGUCUGUCAAAGUCCGGACUUACCCCGAACAGAGAGCUGAUGUCUACGACUUCCGCUCGGUUGAUCGUUCGGAUUCAUCAUCAUACAAAGUCGGCAAAGAUGUGUUGCAAGUCCGCGAUGCUCUCGGUAAAGCGAACACCUAUACCUACCAACCUAACUUGUGGAGUAACAAUAGUGAAGUACAAUUCUUGACUCUCAGCGAUAUGUCUUCUCAGACGUUCUACUCCCAGGUUCCAAGUGGUUUCAAUACAGGAUUGCUUCGUCAAUUUGCGCCACGUGUGAACUCCACAGCUACAUAUGAGAUCAUAGACGCGUCUCAGUUUCCGGUCGACUGCGGCUCGAGCUCGGAGGCAUUUUAUGCCGAGUAUUCAGCUUCGUUCGCAUGGUACACUGCUUAUUCUUGGAAUAUCAUUGCGUGCAUGCCCGGAAAUAUGACGGAGUCACCUUGGCGGACGGAACGCAACCGACAGGACUUCUCUGAGGUCCUCUAUCUCAAUAUGACACAAGAUGAGUACGCCUCAAGAGAUAGCCGGGCAACUCUUUACCGAAUCACUGUGAACACUACGGCCGGGUUCUUUGAAUUGCCAAACUAUAUGAACCAAGGUGUACCUGGGCCCUUACUGGCCCAAGAUCCGGUGGCUCUUUGUGAUCAACAUUGUUUAAUGCAAAUACACUCAUACUACCCGUCGAAUUAUCGCCGCCGUGAUGAAAGUACAGCAAGCAGCACUCUCAAAGCUGCAUCGCUGGGUCCCAUCUCAGCACAGAGCAAAGGACCCUUGUUAUCGACCGCCCUGGCAACCUUUGGCCCUGGUUCUUUUAUCGACACAUUUAUGCAAUUCGGCGCAGCCAUCAAGGAAAACAAGGCUGCAGAUGGGUUGUUGUCAAGCGUGAUAUCUACAUGCAUUGCGAACCCUACCCUCACCAAUCUUCUAGGGUCUUCCUCUCUAGAGUGUAUGUCCAUUGAGGCCUCUCCAAAUGGCACAUGGUACCCUGCCGGGACACAAAUUGCGCAAUGGAUUAAUCGGCUCCAACAAUCCGCGGAGUCAAUUCCGCAAGUCUUCACAGCUGCGGCUUUUCUUGCCAACAAGGAAUUCCUUUCCGCUCAGGGCGGUGGAUGGUCUAUCAACCAAGAUUUGGGCGCCGAUAUGGAUCUUCCAUCAAUCUCUCGUGUGGGGAUCAUCGCAGUCUCCGUCUUAAUGGGACUUUACUUGCUACCACUUGUCUUCCUUUUGCUGGUUGGAUGUAAGACUGAUAAACUUCCCGGGCCUUACGAGAUGCAUGGCGUUGUUCGGGUUCCGUUUGGAAAGCAGAACGUUAUUGAGCCAUGA